AUGACAUCCCCAGGUCCUUCGAGCGAAGCCUACGUGCUAGGUGUGGGCUUGACCCAAUUUCUCAAGCCACGUCGUACCCGCGAAUAUCCCGAAUUGGGGUAUGAGGCCGGUGUCAAGGCAAUGAUCGAUGCAAAAAUUAAUUAUGACGAUGUUCAGACCGGUAUUGGAUGCUACUGCUAUGGUGAUACAACAUCAUCUCAGCGCAUUUUCUACCAGUUUGGCAUGACCGGAAUUCCCAUUUAUAAUACCAACAACGCAUGUGCUACAGGAUCCACGGGCCUUCACUUAGCACGCAGUAUGGUGCGAGGGGGUCUUGCGGAUUGUAUCCUAGUGAUUGGAUUCGAGCAAAUGCGCCCAGGUUCGAUCAAAAGCGUGUGGGAUGACCGACCCAGCCCCUUGGGCCCUUCGACCACGAUGAUGGAAGAGACAUAUGGGAAACAUGGAUCGCCACGGAAUGCGCAAUAUUUUGGGAAUGCGGGGCAAGAAUACAUGGAAAGAUUCGGCGCUGCGGCUGAGGACUUUGCGGAGAUCGCGCGUGUCUCCCAUGAACAUUCUCAGCGCAAUCCCUAUGCGCAAUUUCGCACAAAAUAUUCAUUGGAGGAGAUCCUGAACUCCACACCCGUUCACGGCCCCCUCACAAAACUGCAGUGCUCCCCGACGAGUGACGGUGCCGGGGCCGCGGUAAUCGUGUCGCAACGCUUUCUGGAUGCUCGCCCGCAUCUCAAGUCCCAGGCAAUUCACAUAGCUGGUCAGCAACUGCUCACCGAUGGACCUGAGGUUUACUCUCGGAGUGCGAUCGAUUUAGUCGGAUUUAACAUGUCGCGCCAAGCGGCUCUCCUCGCGAUGAAGGAAGCUCAAGUCGAGGCUAAGGAUAUCAAAGUAUGUGAGCUUCACGACUGCUUCUCGACAAAUGAACUCCUGCUACUGGAUGCGCUGGGCUUUUCAGAGCCUGGAAAGGCACACGAGAUGGUUCGCCGGGGUGACAUCACUUACGGUGGGCGUGGUCCGAUUAUAAACCCUUCGGGUGGGUUGAUUUCCAAGGGACACCCCUUGGGAGCAACAGGCCUAGCGCAGUGUGCUGAGCUGACUUGGCAACUUCGUGGUUGGGCGAACAACCGUCUUGUUUCCAACACGGAUGUUGCCCUACAGCAUAAUCUGGGAUUAGGAGGCGCGGUUGUCGUUACAGUUUACAAGAGAGCAGAUGGGCAGACGAACCGAGAGGUAUCUGAUGGGGAGAUUCGGCAGGUCUCUGGUGCAGGGUACAAUCCUGCUGUUGAGGCUCGUUACAUCACUCCUGAAGAUGGUGAGCGCGUGCGAAGCAAGACAAAACGCCACGAUUAUGUCUUGCAGGACACCGUGGGAAAGCUUCGAUCCCGGAUUUAA